GGCCCGCGCGCUCCCCCGGCCCCUGCCCCGGCUGCGCGGGCCCCCGCCGGGCCCAUGGGCUGCGCGGCCGAGCGGGCGCUCUGAGCGCGGCGCGGGUCCCCGGGGCGGCCCGGAGGCGAGCGUGAACGAGGUCUGGCGCCAUGCCCGGGCACUCGGAGCCCUAGGCCACACCCGGGCAGUGGGAGCAGCCCCCGCUCACUCCCGGGCUCACCCCCUCCCCACUGCCCACUGCCACGCCAUGGCCGGGGACCGGCUCCCUCGGAAGGUGAUGGAUGCCAAGAAACUGGCCAGCCUGCUGCGGGGUGGGCCCGGGGGCCCACUGGUCAUUGACAGCCGCUCCUUCGUGGAGUACAACAGCUGGCACGUGCUCAGCUCUGUCAACAUCUGCUGCUCCAAGCUGGUGAAGCGGCGCCUGCAGCAGGGCAAGGUGACCAUCGCCGAGCUGAUCCAGCCCACCUCGCGCAGCCAGGUGGAGGCCACGGAGCCGCAGGACGUGGUGGUCUAUGACCAGAGCACAAGGGACGCCAGCGUGCUGGCCGCAGACAGCUUCCUCUCCAUCCUGCUCAGCAAGCUGGACGGCUGCUUCGACAGCGUGGCCAUCCUCACAGGGGGCUUUGCCACCUUCUCCUCCUGCUUCCCCGGCCUCUGUGAGGGCAAGCCUGCUGCCCUGCUGCCCAUGAGCCUCUCCCAGCCCUGCCUGCCCGUGCCCAGCGUGGGCCUGACCCGCAUCCUGCCUCACCUCUACCUGGGCUCCCAGAAGGAUGUCCUGAACAAGGAUCUGAUGACCCAAAACGGAAUAAGCUACGUCCUCAACGCCAGCAACUCCUGCCCCAAGCCUGACUUCAUCUGUGAGAGCCGCUUCCUGCGCAUUCCCAUCAACGACAACUACUGUGAAAAGCUGCUGCCCUGGCUGGACAAGUCCAUCGAGUUCAUCGAUAAAGCCAAGCUGUCCAGCUGCCAAGUCAUCGUCCACUGUCUGGCCGGCAUCUCCCGCUCCGCUACCAUCGCCAUCGCUUACAUCAUGAAGACCAUGGGCAUGUCCUCCGAUGACGCCUACAGGUUCGUGAAGGACCGUCGCCCGUCCAUUUCGCCCAACUUCAAUUUCCUGGGCCAGCUGCUGGAGUACGAACGCAGCCUGAAGCUGCUGGCCGCCCUGCAGGGCGACGGGGCGUCCCACCCUGGGACCCCGGAGCCCCUCCCGGGCCCUGCCGCCCCACUGCCGCCGCUGCCACCACCUACCUCAGAGAGUGCUGCCACCGGGAGCGCAGCGGCCACCGCCACCAGGGAGGGCGCACAGAUGGGGGGUGGGGAGACCCCCACCCCCGCCCCCGCCCCGGCCACCAGCGCGCUGCAGCAGGGCCUGCGUGGCCUGCACCUCUCCUCUGACCGCCUCCAGGACACCAACCGCCUCAAGCGCUCCUUCUCGCUGGACAUCAAGGCGGCCUAUGCGCCGAGCCGGCAGCCCGACGACCCCGGGCCCCCCGACCCCGGGGAGGCCUCCAAACUCUGCAAACUGGACAGCCCAUCGGGGGGCGUGCUGAGCCUGCCCUCCCCCAGCCCCGACAGCCCGGACGCGGCGCCCGAGCCACGCCCCCGGCUCCGCCGGCGGCCCCGGCCCCUAGCCGGCUCCCCGGCGCCCGGCCUCGGCCUGAACUUCGGUGACGCCGCCCGGCAGACUCCGCGGCUCGGCCUCUCGGCCCUGUCGGCGCCCGGGCUGCCCGGCCCUAGCCAGCCGGCCGGCCCUGGCGGCUGGGCGCCGCCGCUCGACUCCCCGGGCACGCCGUCCCCCGACGGGCCCUGGUGCUGCAGCCCCGAGGGCGCGCAAGGCGCAGGCGGCGCGCGGUUCGCACCCUUCGGCCGGGCCAGCGGGCCGGGCGCGGGAGGCGGCGACCUGCGGCGGCGGGAGACGGCGAGGCCCGAGGCCCGGGACGCGAGGACCGGCUGGCCCGACGAGCCGGCCCCGGAGACGCAGUUCAAGCGCCGCAGCUGCCAGAUGGAGUUUGAGGAGGGCAUGGUGGAGGGGCGCGCGCGCGGCGAGGAGCGGGCCGCCCUGGGCAAGCAGGCCAGCUUCUCGGGCAGCGCGGAGGUCAUCGAGGUGUCCUGACCGCGGCCGGGAGCGGCCCCUCCGCGGUGACCCGGCGCCCCCAGCCCUUCCGCUGCCCUCGGCUGGGCCCGCUAUAAAUACAUAUUAUAUAUAAUGCAAUGAAAGGUAAAUGGUUUUACUGCGAUUUUUAUCGAGAAGUAAAUAUUUCAAUUUUUUAUUUAUUUAAGCUGUUCAUUCUGGCAAUGAUUUGGCAACAGUGCGGGCGGUCCUCGGAGCUCUAUUUUUACUGUCUGGUAUUUAAACUGAAACCCACGUUUCUAAGCAAUAUGAGGCCACCUUCAGUUGCAAGCUGGGGUGCCAGGCCUGGGGUUCCCUCCUCCCCCCUCCCCCAGGAAACACUGCUGACCGUUGCAAAGAGGCUGCUGAGCUUUCGUGCACUUUUUACAUAAGGGGUAAAAAAGAUUAAAAAACCUUUGCCACAAACUGAGCCGCAGAACCUCCCUGCCCCUCCCCCCCACCAUGACCUCCUCUCCUGCCUCUUCCUUCUCCACUGCUCCUUUCUGGGCCCUUCACCAAAGCCAUAGGUGGGAGGAGGUGUCCCGGGAGCUGAGGAGGCACCGCCAGCCCCCUGCCAGCUCAAGGCGCCAGGUCUCGGUGCCAUAGCGGGCACCCCCACCGCCUGUGCCCCCGGGCCUGUUGCCUGGCAGGUGUCGGGGGCCCAGGGUGUUCAGAGGACUGGGGUCUGGAAGAGGGGAGGAGCGCGGUGAAGGGGGCUCCCGGGUGUCAGGUGACAUGGGUCCACAGGGCAGGGACUGGAGGUGGAACGCCCCCACCCCUGCCCGAGCCUGGGUGCAGUUUCACGGGGUCAGGGGAGGCUGCUGCCCUAUCCUCCGCUUUGGGGGUGCCCCCUAGCGCCAGCUGCCAGUGGGAGGGCCAGCAGGAGGGGGAGCUUGGCCCCUGGGGGUGGCAGGCGGGAGGAGCUGGGCCGCCAGUGCUGGCUCCACUGAUCAGAGGGGGCAGACAGAUUUAGGGGCUUGUUCUGCAGGUGGAGGUCCCUCCGGGAGGAGUGGCUGGCUCGCAGAGGGAGGGGGCAGUCAGCGCCUGGCAGACCCUUAUGCCUCCGGGGGCAGGGCCUCAGCUUGGGAGGGCCGCCUCCACGUAAAGAUCCCUGAUGUGAGCAGAUGCAGGUGUCCCCCACGUCUGCCCAACCUCCACAGGGACCUCGGAGGAGAGAGACCCCUGUACCCCCCUCUCCUCUCCUUUGAAGCCUCCCCGGUAUCUUCAAGGUGACAUGCCAGUCCCUACUCCCAGGUGGCUUUUUGGCCCAGGUGGGCCAGCCUGGGGGUGAGGGCAGGAGAAAAGCCCCAGCUACCCCUCCUCGGUCAGUGGGACCCAAGGCUUUUGGAGGCAGGAGUGGGUGUCCCCCAACCUUCAGAUGUCCUAGAGUGUCCAGGAGUGGGGGCUGGUCACCUUGAGGAGAGGCCAGGGGCUUGGCAGAAGGGGUGGCCUGGGCAGGACUGAGUCCUCAGGCUGGCAUUGGUGGGGGGGGGCGUGCCUGCCCCCAGCUGCCCUCUGGCUGUUUCUUCUAUUUGUUCUUCUUUUGACCCCCGCCUUAUGUCCCGUCAUCCCACCUUUGAACAAAAGUUCUGUUCCUGUUCCCUCCGUCGCCACCCCGUCCCCCAAGAACAUAAGCUAUCAUUGUUGUAUUUGCAAUCUAUGGACUAGAGGUUUAACUAUUUAUUACUAUUGGUUAAUUAUUAUUAUUAUUAUUGAUUAUGUAAAUUUGCCUCCUGUCUGUCUAUCGCGUUGUGUUUCUGAGGUGACCCCGGGCGUGGAAGAUGCACUGGUCCCCCCUCCGCGCCCUACCCCUAAGCUGUCCAGGAGACAGUGCUCAGGGCCACUGGUUGGGCCCCACCACCCUGGGGGCAGGUCCCAUGGCCCGUUCUCCCUUCCCUCCGUCCUUGUCCAGGGCUGCAGAGCCCUGUGGCUUCUGUCCUGGGGCGCGUGGAGGGUGUUGCUCUUGAGACACUGGUCGAACUGAGCAGCUGUGAUGAGAGAAGGUCCUGUCUCGGCCGCCCCCGCCCCCCGUGCUGGCGGCACUGGGCAGCGGGCAAGAGCCCCUCCCUGGUCACUUCCACCCACUGUCCCAGGCGGGGAGCGGGCAGGGCCCCAGCCCUCUCCAAGUCUCUCUUGGCCCUCCCACCCCUCCUGCUGGCCCAGUGCCCUGGCAUCAGGGGUCCCCCAGAAUGGACCCGGCCCCCUCCUAUUAUUUGCUGGAAAGUCCAGCGGAGGAGAGGUGGCAGGUCCCCCCGCAUGGCUCCCGGUCCCUCUGGACUGGGCCGCCCCACCUCAGAGCCCCUUCCCCAGCGUGGACACUCUCUGAUUCCUGUCCUGUCCCCUUCUUUUGUAUUUGGAAACGACGUGUUGUAAUAAAUCCUGAGAUGGAUGUUUUC